AUGUCGAGAGGUGAUAUGAGUCGCGGCCCUGCAAGGAACUACGACUGCACCGUCUACGUGGGAAACUUGCCCCCAGACAUCAGAACGAAGGACGUCGAGGAUGUGUUUUACAAAUACGGCGCUAUCCGUGACAUCGACCUCAAGAAUCACCGCUGGGGACCGCCCUUCGCCUUCGUCGAGUUUGAGGACCCGCGGGACGCGGAGGACGCGGUGUAUGAGCGCGACGGCUACGAUUUCGAUGGGUACCGUCUCCGGGUGGAGUUUGCACGGAGCGGCCGCCGUGCGGGUGGAUGGGGCCGAGCGCCCCGAGACCGCUACGGCCCCCCAUCCCGGCGGUCUGACCAUCGCGUGGUGGUCUCUGGACUGCCCCACACUGGAAGCUGGCAGGAUCUAAAGGAUCACAUGCGUGAGGCAGGUGAUAUAUGUUAUGCCGAAGUCCACGGAGAUGGCACCGGUGUCGUGGAGUUUGUACGGAAAGAAGAUAUGACCUACGCAGUUCGAAAACUGGACAACACUAAGUUUAGAUCUCACGUGGGAGAAGCUGCCUACAUCCGGGUUAAAGCGGAUGGGCCCAGAAGUCCCAGUUCUGGCAGAUCUCCAUCUCGAAGCAGAUCUCGUCCUGGCAGCAGAAGCCGCAGCAGAAGCCGCAGCAGGAGUCGCAGCAGGAGUCGCAGUUCCUCCUCAGGCAGAAGCAGAGGAUCACCGCGCCAUUCUCACCGCCAUAGCAGAUCUCGCUCUCGUACAUAAG